AUGGCUACUCCUUUUCCACAAACUGCUGAUAAAUUGAAGGGCGUUGAGAUUUUAGCUCCAAUUCCAGAGAAAGCUAAGCACAUUUACAAUGCUGAAGCUUUGGCUUUCGUUGCAACUUUGCAUCGUGCUUUCCAACCUACCAGAGAGAAGUUAUUGGCUGCUAGAAAGGAUCAGCAAAAAUUGAGAGAUCAAGGAUUCUUGCCUGACUUCCUUCCAGAAACCAAGUAUAUAAGGGAAGAUCCAACUUGGACCGGUCCUCCAUUGGCUAGGGGUUUGGAAGACAGAAGAGUUGAAAUUACCGGACCAACCGACAGAAAGAUGGUUAUCAAUGCCUUAAACUCUCAGGUUGCUACUUAUAUGGCUGAUUUUGAAGAUUCAUUGACCCCUGCAUGGGCCAAUAUAACUGAUGGUCAAGCCAAUUUAUAUGAUGGUGUUAGAAGGAAUUUGACCUUUGAGACCAAUGGAAAGAAGUACGCAUUAAACCUUGACCCUAAGAGACAUAUCCCAACCUUGAUCGUAAGACCAAGAGGAUGGCAUUUGGAUGAGAAACAUGUCCUCGUCGAUGGUGUUCCGGUUUCUGGUGGUAUCUUUGACUUUGCCAUUUAUUUCUUUAACAAUGCCAAAGAAACUGUCAAGCAAGGAUUUGGACCAUACUUUUACCUUCCAAAGAUGGAGCACCACCUUGAGGCUAAAUUAUGGAACGAUAUUUUCAACUACUCCCAAGACUAUAUUGGAUUACAGAGAGGUACUAUUAGAGGAUCUGUUUUGAUCGAGACUUUACCAGCUGCAUUCCAAAUGGAUGAAAUCAUUUACCAAUUGAGACAACACAUUGGUGGUUUGAACUGUGGUAGAUGGGAUUACAUCUUCUCUUACAUCAAGUCAUUGAGGAAUCACGCAGAAUUUAUUUUGCCAGACAGAUCCCAAGUCACUAUGGCAGCUCCAUUCAUGUCUUCUUAUGUCAAAUUGCUUGUCCACACUUGUCACAAAAGGCAAGUCCAUGCUUUAGGUGGUAUGGCUGCCCAGAUUCCAAUCAAGAAUGAUGAGCAGAGAAACAAGGCUGCUUUAGAAAACGUUGCAAAGGAUAAGUUGAGAGAAGUAUCACUCGGAUGCGAUUCAUGCUGGAUAGCACACCCUGCAUUAGUGCCUGUUGUAUUGAAAGUUUUCAAUGAGCACAUGAAGGGUCCAAAUCAAAUCAAUGUUCCUCCAAAGGUUCCAUAUACUCCAGUUACCGCUAGGGACUUAUUAAGCCCUUAUGUUCCUGGUGGCAAGAUCACUGAACAAGGUAUCAGGGCAAACAUCAUUAUUGGUUUGUCAUACAUUGAAGCUUGGUUACGUGACAUUGGCUGUGUUCCAAUUAACUACUUGAUGGAGGAUGCUGCAACUGCAGAGGUCUCUAGAACUCAAAUCUGGCAAUGGGUUACCCAUGGUUGCAAGACCGAUACUGGUGUCACUAUUACUAAACAAUACGUUGCCAAAUUGUUGGAUGAGGAAUAUUCUAAAUUGCAAAAGGCUGCUAAGCCUGGUAACAAGUUUAAGCAGGCAUUGAAAUACUUCAAGCCAGAAGCUGCCGCUGAGAAGUACUCAGAUUUUGUUACAACUUUGCUUUACGACGAUGUCACUACCAUUGGCAGACCAGUUGCUGCAGAUAAGUUGUAA